GUUCCGAGAGUCGGUUUUCUAGCGUGGCCGGGAGCCAAUCAGAGCAAGGGGGUAAUCAUCAAUGUCAAGUUUCUUCGACUUCGACCUCAACCUCCAGCACCUCUCUCCCUGUACCAUCCCCCCUCCUCUCCCCACCCACCCCUCUCUCGCUUUGGCGAUACAGCACCCAUUCCCAAUCAAAUUCAAUUGCUUGGGUUAAACUUCGUCAUGCUGGGACGUUCCAUUCUGCGCGCGUCCAACCGGGCCAUCGCCCGCCAGUCCCUCGGGAAGUCCACGCGUGCCUCUUCCACCGCCGCCGGCGCCGAGGCCGCCAACUCCCCCUUCUACCUCACACUCACUGCUGCGCUUGCAACUGCCGCCGCCGCCGGUUCCACCGCAUGGUACUACCACCUCUAUGGUCAAGAGGCCUUCGCCAUGACACCUGCUGAGGAGGGACUCCACGCUACUGCGUACCCUUGGGUGCACGAGCGCUUCAACAAGACCUUCGAUCACGCCGCUCUCCGCCGUGGUUUCCAGGUCUACCGUGAGGUUUGCGCCUCCUGCCACUCCCUCACUCGUGUCCCAUGGCGCUCAAUGGUCGGUACCAUGCACACCGUCGACGAGAUGAAGGCCUUCGCCGAGGAGCAUGAGUACGACACCGAGCCCAACAGCGAGGGCAACAUCGAGAAGCGCCCCGGCAAGCUCUCCGAUUACAUUCCCGCCCCCUACCCCAACGAGGAGGCUGCCCGUGCCGCCAACGGUGGUGCUCUUCCCCCGAUCUCAGCUUGA